AUGUCUCUAUCACCACUGCCACUAAAGCACCAUACUCACUAUCUUCAUUGUGAUCCUUGUUUGACUUCUCCCACUCUAUCAGUGGAGCGCCGUCUAUGUCUGACUCUCACUAAUUUUAAGCGAGUCAAUCUGGGUGAUGUCGUGCGACUCUCGUUUGCCAAGGGCUUGUGCUUAGACACGAAGGCUUUACAUCACGCUUGA